AUUGGCUUCAGAUCCUCGCCCCUGCAUUGCUUGUAUGGGAAAUUACACCGCGCUCAAAACAACAGGGAACUCGGAAAUCUCCGAUUUCCGACUUCAGUGCGUUCAAGACAACUGUGAACUCUGAAAUAAACGAGUUCCGACUGGGAAAAAUCGUUUUGAACGAUCAUCCAACUAGGAAUUCCAACUCGGGAACUCGGGCCUCUUUCUAAAGUUCCGGCUUUCCGUCCGAAAGAUCACUGACGUCAUGAUUUCACCUCGUAUUCUACCGAGUUCCCAGUUGUCUUGAAAGCACCAUUAAAGGGGGCGUCCCUCUGACGUAAUGGCAAAAUAAAAUUGAUUGUAUAAAUGUGUUCCCAAGAUCUCAAUAACAGAACUGCAGAGCAACUUCAGAUGCAAGGUAACUACGGAUAUUGCUUAAAAUACUAGUGAGAUAUAAACAGAAAUGAAUGUCCCCCAACAUGGAGCUCAGCCUUAUGAGAACAGCCUCUACAACUCAGAGUCUCUGAACCUGGACCUUACCUCCAGGUUAGCUAUGGAUGUGAGUAGUCAUGUGGACCAGCUCUCUGCCCCUUCUCUGACUAGCAUCAACUCCCUGGUGGGCACUUACGCUGGAGAGUUUAAUGCCUGUCAGAUUGCCACAGCUCCUACCAACGCCUCGGACCCUGAGCCGCCCUUCAAAAUUGAUGACUUCCAGGUUUACGGCUGCUACCCUGGCACCUUGGCCCUGAGCUACUUCGACGAAGCCCUGUCUUCUGGUGGCUCUGACUUUUUCGGCAGCCCUGUGUCAGCCCAGUCUCCCUGUACUCCAGGUUUCCAGACCCAGCCUGCGUCAGUUUGGGACUCGCCCUUCGGUCCAUACUCUCCCAACCCGGGCAGCUGGGUGGCUGAUAAGACUGCAUUAACACAGCCAUCCUCUUUCUUCACCUUCUGUCCCGGCUCAGUUGAGGAUCUGUCUCCUCUGGGCCAGCCCCAGCUGGCUGAGCAAGACCCCUUCUCUCUGGGCCAUCAGCACCCCUCCCCCCUGUCCUUCUCCCCUCUAACCCAGGAGCCAGGCACCCUAGAUGUCGCAGGCCUCAUUGAAGGGAGAAUGUCUGCGAAACCGCACAGCCCUACUGAAAACGAGGGUCUCUGUGCUGUUUGUGGGGACAACGCCUCCUGCCAGCACUAUGGGGUUCGUACCUGUGAGGGCUGCAAAGGUUUUUUCAAGCGUACUGUACAGAAAAAAUCUAAAUACGUGUGCCUUGCCAACAAGGACUGUCCAGUUGACAAGCGGCGACGGAACCGCUGUCAAUUCUGUCGUUUCCAGAAGUGCCUGGCAGUAGGCAUGGUGAAAGAAGUUGUGAGAACAGAUAGCUUAAAAGGUCGAAGAGGUCGUCUGCCCUCCAAGCCAAAAGCAGUCCAGUGCCUAUCGUCUGCUGUGUCUCGAGUCGACAUCAUUGCCUCUCUUGUGAGAGAAUACAUUGAAUCAAACUCUGGUGUUGAGAAACUGGACUACUCCAAGUACCAGGAGACUGUGGCCAGUCUGUCAGAGAAAGAGGACACUUGUGACAUCAAACAGUUCUACAACCUCCUCACAGAGUCCAUGGAAGUGAUCAGGAAGUGGGCUGAAAGCAUCCCUGGGUUCACCUCCUUCUGCUCCGAGGACCAGGAGCUGCUAUUGGAGUCAGCCUUCUUGGAACUGUUCAUCUUGCGACUAGCAUACAGGUCCAACCCUGAGACAGACAAGCUGAUUUUCUGCAAUGGCAUGGUGCUUCACCGGAUGCAGUGUAUACGGGGUUUCGGUGACUGGAUAGACUCCAUCAUGGACUUCUCCCAGAGCCUCCACCGCAUGAACCUGGACGUGUCAUCCUUCUCCUGCCUCACAACUCUGGUCAUAAUCACUGACCGCCACGGCCUGAAGGAUCCAAAGCGGGUGGAGGAGUUCCAGAGCCAGCUAAUCACCUGUCUCGGAGAUCAUGUCUCCAGCUGCGCCCCCGACUCCACUGGGCCCAACUACCUUUCCCGCCUUCUGGGAAAACUGCCCGAGCUACGGACUCUCUGCACCCAGGGCCUGCAACGGAUCUUCUAUCUCAAGCUUGAGGACUUGGUCCCACCACCCCCCAUAGUUGACAGAAUGACCAUGGACAUUCUGCCUUUAUGAGAGCGAGAUAAAACAAUACCGACUGUGCACUUGUGCUGCUAAAGCGACGAUAAAGGAACGUCAAAUGAUCAAGCGGUCUCCGUGUUGAGUAGGGACAAAUUAAGGAAACUAUGCUCCCAAAGAUUUUACAUGAAAGUACUGAAUUAUACUGUAAGACUUAAAAAGAUAUGAAGCUAUUCAAGCACUAUCGUACUUGAGGAAAAAUUGACCUCUCUCGUUCAUUAGCAAUGGCUGUAGUAUGGUGAUGAAAAUGUGUCAUAAAUGAAAUAGUUUUCCUUGUUUUAGUGCAGUAUUUCAGACUUAUGGCUUUGAGUGUGCACUAACUGUUAGUGUGCCACCAAUGAUCCACAACCAAAAUGGUAGACAGUUGUCAACUGUGGGAGAUGAGGUGGACGUGUGUCACGCCCUGACCUUAGAGAUCCUGUUUAUGUCUCUAUUUUGGUUUGGUCAGGGUGUGAGUUGGGGUGGGUAUUCUAUAUUCUAUUAUUUAUAUUUAUAUGUUUUGGCUG